AUGCGGGCGCUGGCUGGGGCUGCUGUGCCGCUGUGGCUCGCCAUCGGCCUCCCCCAAAGCCUGGGACUGAAGUGUGGGAUUCGUGCAGCUGAUUUGAAAAGUUCCAAAACGGUCUUGGAAUCUGGGUUCUUCUCUAGAACUUUCCAUUGGAGAAAUUCAACAGUUGGUCGACAUCCGUGGCAGGUCUCCCUAAAAUUAGGUGAGCACCACUUCUGUGGAGGAAGCUUGAUUCAAGAUGAUCUGAUUACAGCAGCACACUGCCUGGUUAGCCUUCAUGAGAAGCAAAUUAGGAGUCUGACUGUGACUGUGGGGGAGUACAACCUCUUUCAGAAGGAUAAGCAAGAGCAGAAUAUUCCUGUCUCAAAAAUUACUAUCCAUCCUGAAUACAACAGACUUGGCUAUAUGAGUUCUGAUAUUGCCCUGCUGUAUCUAAAACACAAAGUCAAGUUUGGAAUUGCUAUUCAGCCGAUCUGUAUUCCCCAUAGAGAUGAUAAAUUUGAAGAAUGGAUUAUUUGCAUGGCCAGUGGAUGGGGCAAGACUUCAGAGACAUCAGAAUAUUCAAAUGUCCUGCAAGCAGUGGAACUUCCUAUCAUGGAUGACAGAGCAUGUAAUACUGUGCUCAAGAGUAUGACCCUUCUUCCCUUGGGAAGGACCACACUUUGUGCCAGUUUUCCUGAUGGGGAAAAGAACGCCUGCCAGAGGGACUCUGGAGGUCCACUUGUUUGUAGAAGAGACAAUGGAAUCUGGGUCCUUGUUGGGAUAACGUCCUGGGGAGUUGGUUGUGCUACCGAUUGGGCUCCUUUAAGAAAUAACCAUAGAAGAGCAUCAGCUGGCAUUUUCUCCAAAGUGUUUGCGUUGAUGGAUUUUAUCACUCAGAACAUAUUCACAGACGUAGAAAAUCAGGUUGGAUGUGACCAUGACUAUGUAUCUUUACAAUCAAGCAGUGGAAUGCUUAUUAGUAAGGUCUGUGGAGACAUACUGCCCUCACCGUUGCUGACAGAGACCAGUGAGGCCACAGUUACAUUUGUUUCUGAUGCAGAAAACAACGGCAGUGGCUUUGAGCUCAUCUUUACUGCUGUACGGAAGAACUCAGAAGCUGGUUCAGGUUGCGGGAGUGUGGAUGUGUUGGUGGAAGAAGGGGCAAUUCACUCUGCCGAUUCUCCUGACUUGUAUCCCAGGAAUGGAAGGUGUCGCUGGUUCAUUCGUGCUCCAGAGAAUCACGUUAUAACGUUGGCAUUUGAGGACCUUACAACUAAAUUUAACCAAAACUGUAUGUAUGAUGCUGUUGUGAUUUAUGGUGAUCCUGAAGAAGAACAUGAGUUAGCCAAACUUUGUGGAAUCUUGAGCCCUCUUCCAGUAUUCAGUCCUGGUAACAUGAUGCUGAUUCAUUUUAAAAGUGAUGGUGAAAAACUCCGAGGCUUCAAGGCUAGAUUCGCCUUUUUGCCCUCGGAGUGCAUGGCAGAUAAUAACAAUGAUAAUGGCUACCAUUAUGAGUCAUUACCAUCUGUAAGGAAGGAUAAUCCAAUCUUCUGGACCAUUGCUGCUGGAGACCAUGACAGAACCCUGAAGGAAUCAACUGAACAGGUGAGAUGUGCAAAACACAUCAUGGUGCAUGAAGACUUUGAUAGACUGAGCUAUGACUCUGACAUCGCCCUAAUACAACUGAGCUCUCCUCUGGAGUUCAACUCAGUGGUGAGACCAGUAUGUCUCCCGCACAGCACGGAACCUCUGUUUUCCUCUGAGAUCUGUGCUGUGACUGGAUGGGGAAGCAGUAGUGAAGAUAGUGGCCUAGCAAGUCGCUUACAGUAGAUUCAAGUGCCCGUGUUAGGAAGAGAGGUCUGCGAACGCACUUACUACUCUGUUCACCCAGGAGGGAUCACCGACAAGAUGAUCUGUGCUGGCUUCGCAGCAUCUGGAGGGAAAGAUUUCUGUCAGGGAGACUCUGGAGGGCCAUUAGUAUGUAGACAUGAAAAAGGUCCCUUUGUCCUCUAUGGCAUCAUCAGGUGGGAAGCUGGCUGUGCCCAGCCAAGGAAGCCAGGUGUAUUUGCCAGGGUGAGUGUCUUCUUGGACUGGAUCCAAUCCAAAAUCAAAGGUCCUGCUUCACUUCAGAUAAAUAAUGAAAGUAAAACCUUAAGAAGACAACAAUUGCCACCACCCACACCUUCAACAGACAGUGGGUCUGGGCCAGGCUGUUACUCUGAAGUGGAGCUAGAAGAACCCAGAGGCUUUUUUUCAACUCCAAGAUAUCCACUGGAUUAUAGAGGAAAACUAGAGUGUUCUUGGGUGCUCCGAGUUUCACCGAGUAGGAUGGCAAAAUUGACGGUUGAGUAUCUGUCACUUCCUGGGUCUCAUACGUGUCGAGAUUCAGUUCUGACUAUUUCUGAAGAAAGCCACAGUGAGAGAAGGAUGUCCGGUGAAUUAUGUGGAAGAAGGCUUUACCCAAUGAUUUUCACGAGCUCUGGACCACUGGUGAGGGUGGCAUUUCACUCCCUUGUGCAAGGCGCUUUUGGCAUAAGUUAUAUUGUCUUUAGAGUCCAAGGUCCAAAGAGCAGUAAAACUACUAAAUUUCUCCAGAGUUCAAACCAAGAGCACGUGGCCACUUGUGAGGAUGUUAUUCUGACCAAACCAGCAGGAAUCAUACAGAUCCCAAGAUAUUUUCACAGAACCACUAUGAGUUGCCGCUGGAGGUUAUUAGCCCCUUUAAAUCACAUCGUUCGCCUUGAUAUUAUCAACUUCCAGAUGAAACCAACACCCUUGGCCUGUCAAGGUCACCUGUGGGUUUAUGAAGGAUUUGGAUCAGGCAAAAAAUUAAUAGAUAAGGCUCACAAGCUCUAG